UAUAUAUAUAUAUAUAUAUAUAUAUAUACGUUCUUCCCCUUCCUUUCUCAACCAACCACUUCAACUUACUGAGUCAUCUCAGAACGAUAAAAAAUCCAACACAUUGCAUACUGUAACACACACAUACAUGGCUUUCCUUCUUCUCUUUCUCCUCUCCCUUCUCGCUUCUUCUGCCACUGCCUGCGAUCGCUGCCUGCAUCAGUCCAAGGCUUCCUAUUUCUCCAAAGCUUCUGUUCUUUCAUCUGGGGCAUGUGGGUAUGGGUCUCAGGCACUGGACUUCAGUGGUGGAAACCUUGCAGCCGGUGUGGCCUCUCUCUUCAAAGACGGAGCCGGUUGUGGUGGCUGCUUUCAGAUAAGAUGCAAGAACCCAAGUGUUUGCAGCAAACUGGGUACUACGGUGGUGUUGACUGAUCUCAAUCGCAACAAUGAAACUGACUUUGUGCUCAGCAGCAGAGCUUUCUCAGGCAUGGCUCAGAAGGGCAAGGGCAAAGAAAUAUUGAAACUUGGCAUUGUUGACAUUGAAUACAAGAGAGUACCCUGUGUUUACAAAAAUCAGAAUUUGGCGGUCCGUGUGGAAGAAUCAAGCAAGAAGCCAGAUUAUUUAGCAGUAAAAUUUUUGUACCAAGGAGGUCAAACAGAGAUUGUGGGCGUUGAUGUGGCUCAGGUGGGGUCUGCGAAUUGGAGUUUCAUGAGCAGAAACCACGGUGCAGUGUGGGACACGAGUAGGGUACCAAAAGGUGCAUUGCAGUUUCGUUUUGUGGUCACAGCAGGGUAUGAUGGGAAGUGGAUUUGGGCAAAGAAGGUUCUACCUGCUGAUUGGAAAAAUGGUGUGAUAUAUGAUUCUGGGGUUCAGAUAACAGACAUUGCACAAGAGGGUUGCUUCCCUUGUGAUGAUUCCACCUGGUCAUGAUUCAUUGCAACUCUAUAUAACCUACCUACACAUACACACAUACUCUAAGUCAUACUGAGAAAUCAUGGAGUAGCUUAAUUCAAUAAAAUUUUUAAAACAUUCUUAUUUC